CUGAACUAAUUAACAAUAAAUUGUUCAUUUUGGAAAGAGUUGUUUCCAUUGUUUCUAGCUACUUUUGUGCUUUUCUUCCAAUUUUCUUCUCUCUUUUUAAUUUGGCUAUGGUGAUGAGGUGAAUAUCUUAUAAUAAAACAGUACUUGGAGACAAACAUAGCACCAAGAUUUUCAUUCUCUCUCACGAGAAAAAACUAAUUAAGGGAUUGAUUGAAUUGAUGAUGAUAGAAAAUUGUUCUUCAAGUGGUAAAGGUUACAAUCAUGAAUCAUCAAAUCAACAAGAAGAUGAAAAUGGAACAAUGAAAUUCUCCAACAAAGCAAUAGCAACAUCAAGACAAUGGACAUCAUUAAGAAAUCCAAGAAUUGUGAGAGUGUCACGUUCAUUAGGAGGAAAAGACAGACAUAGCAAAGUAUGCACAAUUAGAGGAUUAAGAGACCGUCGUAUUAGGUUAUCUGUACCAACAGCAAUUCAAUUAUAUGAUCUUCAAGAUAGACUUGGUUUAAGUCAACCUAGUAAAGUUGUUGAUUGGUUACUUGAAGCAACACAGUCUGAUAUUGAUAAAUUACCACCACUUCAAAAUAUUCCUCAAUGUUUUACUACUCAACCACAAACCCUAUUGCAUCAACAAGGUAAUUUUUCUCUUGGAAGUGGUUUUUAUGAUCAUCAAAUCAAAGGUAAAGAAGCUGAAAUUAGUUAUAAUACUAAUUAUUCAUCAAAUGCUUUUCCAUAUAACUUGGAUUAUCCUUCAAGUACUUUAUCAUUAUCUCAAUUUGGAAGCAAUAAUAAUCAUGGUAAUUUAUUUGGAAGUAGUAGUGGUAUGAAAUUUUCGUCCGGUAAUUCUUCGCAGUUACUUUUUUGUCCGAAUUCUAAUUCGGCUAUGCCAGCGUCGCUUUUUAGUAGUAGUACUAAUUUGCAGCAACAUGCUCCGUCGAUGGAAAUUAGUAGUGAUGUUCAAAGACAAUUCACCAAUGUUCAGAUCUUGAAUUCAUCAUCAACAAGUUCUUUCAUUCCGUCUCUUCAACUUCCAAUCAAUUCGCCUUUUAGACGUCUUCCAAUGCCGUUUAUAAAUUCCAAGGUUCUUGAUUCAGAUCAUAAUAACACUAGAAAUUGAUAGUGAUGAUGGUAGCUAGUAGUGCUUUUCUUCAUGUCAAACAAUAAUGCUUCUAUAAUUUAUAUUUGUAAGUAUGGCAAUGCUAUACAUAUAGAAUAUUAAUUUCUGUUGAAUCAUAAUUUUCAAUUUUCAUA